AUGAGUGAGCAAAUGCUAACAGAGCAAGCAAGCAGCCCUGAGACACAGCCUGUUCCAGUUGCUAUCCUGGAUGUGAUGGUGAACCUACAGUUUACUCUGGUUGAAACUUUGUGGAAGACAUUUUGGCGAUACAACACUUCCCAGUCCAGUGAUGGCUCAGGGUUGUCAGUUCAUGAUGAAUCUGAGAAGCGCCUCCCUAAGUCAUGCCUGGUUGUUCUCUGUAAGUAUGAGCCAUCUCUGAAGUGGACGAAAUACUGUGAUAACAUGCUUUACCAAGGUCUGGUGGAGAUCCUUAUCCCAGAUGUCUUACGACCUAUCCCGAGUGCCUUGACUCAAGCAAUUCGAAAUUUUGCAAAAAGCUUGGAAAACUGGUUAACCAAUGCUAUGAUGAACGUUCCUGAAGAAAUGGUUCGUGUGAAGGUGGCAGCUGCAAGUGCCUUUGCACAGACUCUGAGACGUUACACAUCCUUAAAUCAUCUUGCUCAGGCAGCCCGUGCUGUGCUGCAGAAUACUGCACAGAUUAACCAGAUGCUGAGUGAUUUAAACCGAGUAGAUUUUGCAAAUGUUCAGGAACAAGCUUCGUGGGUGUGUCGUUGUGAGGAUGGUGUUGUGCAAAGGCUGGAACAGGAUUUUAAAAUGACUUUACAGCAACAGAACUCCUUAGAGCAAUGGGCAUCCUGGUUAGACAGCGUGGUAACCCAGGUCCUCAAACCGUAUCAUGGCAGUCCUAGUUUCCCCAAGGCUGCCAAACAGUUCCUGCUCAAGUGGUCCUUCUACAGUUCAAUGGUGAUUCGGGAUUUAACUUUGAGGAGUGCAGCAAGUUUUGGGUCCUUUCAUCUCAUUCGCCUCCUGUAUGAUGAAUACAUGUACUAUUUGAUAGAGCAUCGUGUGGCACAGGCAAAGGGAGAAACACCCAUUGCUGUCAUGGGUGAGUUUGCUGAUCUUGGACGGGCUUUAAACCCACUGGAUCCUGACAAAGAUGAGGAGGAAGAAGAAGAAGAAAGUGAUGAUGAUAGUCAACAAGAAAUUCCAAUGGACAAUGAACCAACAUUAGUAACAGAUGCCAUGGAGCCACCAGCCAAGUUGCCACGGACGGAGUCAAGGGGAGUGUUCGUCCAAGCACCACCAACCAACUGAAAAUGAAAUAAACCUAUCUUUUAAGAGAAGCCAGAGUGUGAUUUCAUGUGAGGAUUUCCUACUUGAGAGCCCAAUGAUGUCAUGCUGCAACAGCAUUGUCUUUUAAGGAUGUAAGAAGAAUAAUCUGCAGGUCUUUGAAUUACUUUAUAAUUUAUGCAGAAAGAGUACAUCAGUUCCCAAUGAGUUAUCCAAGAAUUUGUUUCUUGUAAAUUUAACUUUACAAUCCAAUGUUUUGCCUCACUGAGAUUGGCUUUUCACCUGGUCCAAAAUCUAAUUCUGAAAAUAACUUCUAAAUAAUGACAAAAGCAAUAUUAAAUUGGCUGCAAUUCAGGAAUGAAAGGGGAAAAAAAGCAAUAGGUCACACAGCCUUAUUAGCAGAAGUGAUAACACUGAAGCCAAUCAGGCAUUGGGCAAGUUAUCAGCUCAUCAAAAUGCAAAAGAUAUCAUCUCAGUACCAGGUGCAGAUGUUGUGUCGAAAUUUCUGACGGUUAUGAUUCACUCACUGUCUAAAAUGUGCUUUUAAACUGUAAAUUAUAGCCAUAUUGGUCAUGCUUCAACCAAUAGAAAAUAUUAGUAGAAAACAGGAAACUGUUGACAUGUGCCUUGUUCAGCUGAAAUCAAGAAAUUUGUUACAAUGCCAAUUCUUUUUUACUUUUCAAAUCUACACACAAUGAUGGAGGAUAUUUAAGUAUUUAAUGAAUUAAAAAAUUCAUUAAACAACUGCUGGGCAGUUGAUCCAGCAAACUAACUUGUUUUGGAGGUAAGGUAUAAUAUUGGACUUUAAUUGUAGUCUGAUGAAUUAGUUUCUGCAACAUGACUAACUCCAGAAGGAACACAUUUGUUUAAUAGCUGACAUUGAUGCUUUUCUUCUUUGUAAUCCUCUGCCAGUUAAAUGCUCAUUCACCUGACAACAUACAUAGUCUCCCUCCCUGCACUACUGUCUAGUGAUGUCAGCAGAAAUGAUCUGCCGAUGUAUCCUUGCAUGACUCCAUUAAAAGUAACAAAGGAAGUAUUUCAGUGCAGCAUGAGCUACAGCUUUGGCUAGGCUAGUGUUGGGCAGACCUUCCCAUGUUGUAUCUAAUGCAAUCAUUAUUGGAUGAUUGAAGUAAUCUUCUAACAUAGAGAUGGAAAUUCCUCACAAGGGGGAAAAAGCAAUUUCUUUUUUAAAUGAGGCAUUGAUCAUUUUCUUCUGUUAAAUUUUAACCUUAAUGAUUAAACAGGAGCAGAACCAUGAAGUUUCAAUCUGUGAACCUUACCAUCUGUGCCACAAGGUCUGUUUCUUUGGCCGUGCUUUUCUGCCACAACUGAUUCACGUGACCAUCAUAUCGACAGGUUACUGUAUUUGGAUGCUCUGAUGUUCUGUUUCUACUCCUAUGUAAUGGUCUAAUUUCAGUAUUCAAAUUUAAUAACUUCUGUUGCAGUGGAGUAAUUCUAUCUGGUAAAACUGUCUUGAACAAUAUUGGAUUUAUAUUAUCAUAGUUUGCAAUAAAUGGAAUGCGGCAACAGGAGUUGUAGUUUAACAUUAUAACCAUAUGCCUCUGACUUACCUGGAAGUGGAGGAGCUAACUUUAACUAUUGAUAGUGGCGUAACAUGGGCAUUCUUGCACUGGCUACCCAUAUACACCCCACCUGAUACUUCUUUCAUUGACUUUAAUGACCAUUAUACCCUCCACCAAUCUGAUAGCACCAAAAGUUAGAAUCCACCUCUCCUCCCACCAGGUCUGUUUUCAAGUUGAGUCUUAUUGACCUUGGUAAUUUAUGACGUGCAGUAUUGUUUCCAGUCCAUAUAAUAGUAGAAAAAGGCAUUGCAGAUUUUCAGAUAAAUCUAAAAUAUUUACAGCUACAAUAAAGGAAGCCCUUGCAAUGAUUUGAUUGCCAGUUAUUCAAGUCUGUUAGUAAACUGAACCAAAGAUUUGUGUGAAAUGACUCUUGAUACAGUGCUAAACACCCUUGCCUGCUUAGUGUCAGAACUUUGACAAGGAUCUUUUGGUCCACCUGCUGAUUCUGAAGCCAUUCACAAUUAGUUAUUUUGGCUUCUAGGUUGUAUGGUGCUUCAAUUGUCAACUUGGUCAAUCAAGACUUGAGUGUAAAAUUCUAAAGCUGUAAAUACAUGACUAAUUCAAUGCUGAAGAAUUUCCUGUCUUAAAGUAGAUCCAGUAAAAUGAAGGUGCCUCGUAUAACAUGCAUUUUACACUAUUAACAGGAUCCUGCAGGAAAACAACCCAAAAAAGGAAAUUAUUCAAACUGCUCUUUAUCUAUUAAUAAAUAUAAAGUUUCCGCAAACAGUUGCUUUACUUUGUGUUAGUAAAGGAAGAAAUAGCUAUUAAUUUCACUUGUGUUGAUGUCAUUAAACUAUAUUAAAACCACACAACAGCAGGUGACCUCAUUCUCUACAAUAUGAUAUUUAACUUGUUCCAGGAAAUUGAUAUAAAGAUAUUCAAUUCUGUUAGACGUUAUUUCUAUUUUUACUCAAAUGAUGAUUCUUGGCAAGGCUGAGGUAUAAAGUAACAGAUCAAAUUUCAUAUUUUAUUCUGGGGUUCUAUUAAAAGCAUAAACUAUUGGCCUUGACGAUGAAAGGGAAAGUAAAGGUUGGUGAGGGAAAAAGUGUUGUAAAAAGACUGGAUUUCCCUUUAACUGAAAGAAAAAGAAGUGCAAUAAGGUUUAAAUGGCAGGUAACUUUGUGUUAUAAUCAGAUGUUUUUGGUAAUAUGAAAAGGUGACCAAUAUAUUUUUUUUUAAAUCUUCUUUAAAUUUUGUCUUUGGUAGAGUUUAAUUUGGAAAAAGUAAGUUUUAUUUUAGUUCACAAUUAUUUUCAGAAAGUAGUUAAGCCCAAGUAAUUUUCGUUCUAAUUCAUUUGUGUGAAUAUCUGAAAAACUAUGUAGUAUUUUGGUUUACUUUUCCAGUCUAGAUUAGUGUCCUUUCCAAAGUUUAAAGAUGAAUCUAAUUGGCUUAUUUCAAUAUGAUGAUGUAAUUCAUCUGGAAAGCUCCCUAGUAAUUACAAGGUUAUUUGACUAGAAUUUUCCAUAAUCUUGUCAUGUCUGAAGAAGCCAAUGUGAAUCCAAAGCCAGACUCUCAAACAAAAGCUGAGGAGAUAAUUGGAUCAACAAUUGGCCAUUCAGAUUUCUGUCAAUGAAUUCAAACUACAGUUCUCUUAAACCUCUUGUGACUGAUAGUUUAAUUUUGUGUGUUUGCUUUGUUCUUUUCCAAGUGCAAUUUUUCUCUGUUUCAAUAAUAUCCAUUUAGCACUGAUUAAUUCAUUAGUACAAUUACUAACAGUUAGACUUUCAGGUGUGCAAGUACAAGAUCUGAGAACUGUGGCCUGCCUCAACAAGAGCGGGGGAGAAAAGGAUCAGAAACUUUCUAUUAAACUUCGUUAUAAAACCACAUGGUAGCAAUUUGCAAUAUGCUGUACCUAUGUUCAAAACCAAGGGAUAGUAUUACUGGUUGUACAUUUGAUUGGAAGCUUUUGUUCAUAAGUGUAAAAAUUGAAUGAUAAUUGACCAUUGUGGGUCAGAUGGCAACAUUCAAAUUGGCCUGCUGAGAUCUUUGAAAGCUCCAAUUUUUGGAUUGACAAGAGCAGGAGCUUUGAAGCCCACUUAUCAAAUUGUAUGCGCCAUAACUAACAUUGGCCUGAUGUGCCUCUGUUUACAUCUAUCUCUGUCUGUUGACACAAUUAUUUUUCCAAUUUUAAAAACAAUGUUGCCCCCUCUCAUUUGCCAUUUUCCUCUUUUUCUUUCAUAGGCAACCUAUUUUUGUCUUAAAUAUAUGUGGGGUCUGGGAGAGCAAAUGUUUGUAUUCAGAUUGUCAGUCUUGGAGAACGUGUUCAUUUGAGAUCACUUAUAAGACCAAGCACAUGUUAUGCUGGAUUGAAAGGAUGAAAGAGGAAUCUGACUAAGAAAUUAGGAGCCGUAUUUAUUAUCCUCUGCACACAGUCAGUUUAGUUUUGUAAUCACAGAGGAAGUAAAGACAAAGAGCAGGAGCCAUGAAGUUUUCUGUGAAUAAAAGAAGUUCAUGCUUGUUCAGCAUCCUGCUUGAAGUUUAAAUUCCUGUAAAGAAGCAUUUGGAGACCCAGAAAAGAUCCUUCCUCAUAUAAGUUACAUGUACAAACUAAAAAGGCUGCUACCCAUCUGAACACUCCUGCAUUAAACCUUUUCUAUCUUGAAGUCAUGGAAGUGAUGUGAUCAUCCACAACUCCUCCUGCAUAUAACAUAUUAUACUACAGUUCAUUUUCAACACUCGGGUAAAAGCUAUUCAUUUCACUAUUAAGUUGGGUAUUUUGCAAUAGUUAACCAUCAAUUAGUCACUCGAUCCUGCAACUUUUUAAAAUACUUUUUCUGAGUCUUGUGGUUGUUUCUGUUUUGAAGUCCUGCUGUUAGGACAGUGAUUUUGGUCAGGUUAUUUUCUUGGACAAGAUGCAAACCUUUAUUUUGUUGUUGCUGCUGCAUUUGAAUUUACUUUGCCUUCAGUUGCUGUCUAUAGCUGUCUCUUGAUAUCCAUACACUUUUGCAACGAGCUUUGCUGGUAGUCUGUAUUAAUACUGUCUCCUCAUAAUGAAUUGACUUAUUUUAAUAAUAAAUUAUCUUAAGAAUUUUUAAAAAAUUGAAAACAGGUAGAGAAAGAAAUGCUGCUUUCACUUUGUCCACUACACAAAAAUACCAUACAAGGAAACAGUUUGAACUCAAAAGCCAAGAACAUAAGCACUCUGGGUCAGAUAGAGACAUAAGUAAGGCACUAUAGCCACUCCUAGUCUAAAGCACAAACCAAAAUGCAUUCUGUGUGGACAUAGGGUUAAAAACGUGCUGUUAGAUCUUCUACUGUUCACAUUAAUUUCCCAAGUCUACGUCGUUAAUCCUCAGUUCCCAUUGGCCUCGGAAAUUAGUCAGAGAAAACUGCCCCUCUUUUGUAAUCAGAUAUUUUCCUACUACAAACACUUUAGGUAUCUCAGUGUGUAUGAAGUAUAACUAGUUGCAAAGUACUGAGGCAAACUCAGUAAUGCAGCUCCUGUUCUAGCAGUGAUUUCAUUUGCUCCACUAAUUGAUGUCAGUCUUAAUCACCACUCAACCAAGACCAGGUCCUAGUUUUUUCUGUGAAGCUAAUUAAUGAAUGACCAUCUCCUUUGAAAAUGGGAUUGUAGUAUCACAUUCCAAUCUUUUUCUUUCUGUAAGCCCCCACCCUAGACCAGUCGAUCAUUAUUUCGAUUGAUACAGCUACUGGAGAGGAAUUAAAAGUCUUGUAUCUAUCUGUUUUGGUGAUAAUAAAAUUCACUCCGAUUAAUAUAAUUUCAAUGUGGAAAUUUUAGUGUCAAGAUGCUUCACCAUCUCACCACGAGCUGAGAUGCUGUCCUGAGCCUGUUAUGUCAUAUCCAAAAUUAAAUGGAAAAAUAGAAUCAGUUUUCCUAAGUAGAUCAAAGCUUUUAUCUAUAUACCCAAGUAACUGUUUUCACUUCCAUCAUAAUUAUCUAAAUGCCACUCAAGUACAGUGAUUAUGUAGUUUUUGUAAAGUAUAAGGUAGAUAAUUGCUGCUGUUCAUAUUCUAAUUAAAUAUGUCACUUAAACUAAAUCGAAGAGAGCCACAUAAGCUUGAAAUAUCUGAAAGUAAGCUGCUAAAAAUCUUCCACCACCACUACUGCCUACAGCAUUUAAUUUGUUCCUCACCAGUUUUUUCACCUUUUCCUGGAUGUGUUGACUUGAGGAUGGUGCUGAAUCUUGUGCAUACUUAUCAUGAAUGGGUUGGAAACUCACCCUAAAUUGCCACAGUACUAGUAUGCUCCAAGAUACUAUUGGUGUGGUCAUUAUUCAUGUGCGAGUCUUGAUCGCAGGAGGGAAUUAAGCAAAGCCCAAGUCUCCUCUCAUCUGAUAUUGAAAUGUGGGCCCUGGUCUACCUCAACAAAUCCAAGACUAAAGUCUAAGACCAUUUAAAGCUAAAAUAGUUUGAAGUCUGUAAUAAUUCAUUGAUCUUUAAAGGGCGACAAAAUUCAAAACGAAAUAUAUAGAGUACGGCAGUUCGUUCCUUGUGAAUAACCAUAACUUGUAACUUGAGUAGUUUCAUUGAUGGUUGAGGUUUAAAAUGAUUUAUGAACACCAAAUAUGCAGCAAACAGACCAGUAAUGUCUCCCAAUUAAAAAUUUGUUUCUCCUAAAAUAUCUUAUGAUUCAAAAUCAUUUCUAAUAUAGUUUACAUAUUCAUAAGGAGAUUAUAUUUGGAUGUUAUUGUCUCUGUUUUCUUACUGUGUUCACUGGACACUCAGUUCCUGAUGCCAAUCAUUAGUUUCCAAAUAACUAACUACUUUUUCCUCCUACAGUCUCUUGGAAGGAAUCAAAAGAACUUUAAUAGGAGCCUGGACAUGCUCAAUAUCUGUAGCAUGUACAAAAAAGUUGAAUUAUAUGGUCCUAUAAAUAGCAGGGCUAGAAAGCUCAGAAAUGACUUGUCAAUAAAACUAUAUUCUUUUUGUCCAAUUUUUUGGGAGUAUUUUUCUUGUACACUCAGUACAAACUAACCAUGAAUUUUACAGUAUCUGUUCACUCUUAUACUGGCAAUCAAUAUGUGAAUAUGUGAUUCGGGUACUGAAUAGUUCAACAUCUCCGUGACCACCCAAAAUUGAAAUGUCUGUUUGAGUUGUUUGAACAUAAAAAGAAAACUGUUAACUUCCCAGGCAGAAUGUGAAUGGGUGUCUCAUUUGUGAUGGUGCAAGAGGUGCUUAAUUUAUAAGGGUAGCAAAUAUGUAACUUUUUAACUUUUUAAUGUGAGAAAGAAUAUCUGGAGGUCUUGCUUGCUCUGUGGGAAAGAGAACGUGCUGAGUGUGCCUUUAAAUUAAGUGCAUUCCAGAAUACUGCCAUAUAGUUACCAUACGUGAUGCACAUCGCGAGAUUGUCACAUUUAUCAUUCAAUCCAGUAACAACUGCCACCUAGCAAAAGCAAGUUCAACACCUUGAAUUCACAUUUUAUUGCUCCCUGAUGUACACACUUCUCCAAUUUGGGCUAGCUAUCCCUAAGGGAAGAGAGAGGGAAUAAUAACCGGUUCCUGUGGUCAACGGUGAAUGAACAUUGAUGGUAGAGUAAGUUCGGGAGAAUAGAAAAUAACUUUCACUGUGAUAAAAUACAAGUUAUUCUUUGAUUUUUUUCUUCUAAAUUUUAAUUCAGUAACCCUUUAUGAAUGAUGUAUUUGGUCAAUCUUGGCUGUAGUUAGCUCACAUAUUUGUGACAACAUUCUGAGUAUCAGCAUAUUGAUGAUGAGUGUCACAGCUGACCGAGAGGCCUUGUGUUCAGGGUUCAGGUAAAGUUUGAGAGCAGAAAUUCUAAUGGAAGGAAUAUUUUGGAUGUUAACGUGUUAAAGCCACAGAAAGAAGUAGUUAUUUUUAUCAAGUUAUUUCUAACUUAAACCAAACUGAAUGAAUGUGGCAUUUCUCAAAAAAUUGCUAAUGAACUUCUUUCAAGUUGUCAAUUUUGGUCCUGAGAUCCAAGUGCAAUAGUACAAAUACCAACUGCCUAUUCUGCAUGUUACACGAGGAAACAGUCUUGCAGCUCACUCAGUUUAUACUUGAGAUAACAAGGUGUAGAGCUGAAUGAACACAGCAGGCCAAGCAGCAUCAGACGAGCAGGAAGGCUGACAUUUCGGGCCUACCUUAUACUUGGUUCAGUUGUAAAAAGGAAAUUCCAUUUGUGACUGUUAGAGUCGAUCGUGGGCGUGAACCAUUUUAGGCAGUAAAUGGAACUCUCCCUCCCACGGCACCUUUAAACAAUACUGUACUGAACAAAAAAAAACAAUGUAGAGUGGAUCCUGAAAAUAUGAAAAUGUGGCAGAAAUUGCUAGAAAUGUUCACCAGGUCAAUGUUCAUUAACCUGAAACAUUGAUGGGCCUGAUUUUUAACUAUGUUUUGAGUGAGUUAAAAUCAAUUUUUUCCCCUCUGUCUAUAGAUGCUGUCUGACCUAUUGAGUAUUUCUAGCAAUUUCUGUAUUAAAAUUGUGUUCACAUUUUGUUUUCUGAUUUCCCAGUCAACCUUUUAGAUUAUACCGAGAGUUGCAUUUCAGUAACUUAGGAGAUGUAAACACUGUGGUACAUGUACAAAGGAUACAAUGUCGAAGUAACGUCCUGCCUUUAUCAAAGGACUACAGCUCUAAGUCAAUGCAAUGCCCUAGAUAACAUAGUCUAUUCCAAUUAAUUCAUGAAUAAAUUUUUAUUUAGGCUAAAAAACAAUUUUGUGAAUUACUGUAUAGGAAAAGACUUUAGCUAGAAACUUCUGUUUUUGUAGACAAUUAUUAAUCAUCCUUUUUUUCACAUCUAUUGCCAUAUUACUUUGAUAUCCCCAAGCUCUUAACACAAUUGCAUUAACACCUUUCCACAUCUUUUUUCAGUUGAGAAGGCAGGAUAUGAGUCAAUCUCUUGAGUUUCACUGUGAGAACAACUAAUAUGCUUUAUGGCCACAGCCCAUCUCGUAUAAGCUUGAUUCAUCUUGUGUUCUCUCCACCAUAUGAAACUGGAAGAUAAUGAUGUUUUUAGGAUGUACGGCUGUGACCAUGAGAUCAGAACGAGGUGGUGUUCCUGGUCUGGAAGUACAAACAGAAUUUCCAGUGCAUUACCAGCAAAGUCAUAGUAGUUAAAUGGAACCAACUCCCAAAGAUUCCCAGCUCGGGUAUUCAUUUUUUAAAAAAUGUCAUAUCCCAGAUAUCUAACUCCAAUAGAAAACCACUUAAAUGCAAGCAAGCUCUACAUUGGGGUAAAUUUGAUUGUCUUGUAGCAACCCACUCAUAACUAGGGGAAUAUUCCACAUCGUCCGAAAAAGCUUAGGAGUAAGUAUUUUAAAAAUGGACAUCACUGCAUUUGUCUUUCUUUUUCACCAGAAAUAGCUGGUUUUAGGAAGCUCUGUUAUGAUUGAGAGGGACCUUACCUGUGUUGUAGUUUCUCAACUUCUUUCUUCACUGCAGAACUUAACAGAUGCCUCGUAGUUCUAGUAUGUUAGAGAAUAUCUAAAGGAUACAGCCUCAAACUAAGAUAAGUGCCUCUGUUAAACCAUCUGAAGGUAUGUUCAUGGAAAGGUGAUGCGCAGGGACAGUGUAAACAGGACCCACGUCCUUUCACUAUUUUUAUGAUGCCAACGUAGUGCAUUGAGUUUCCUUUGCAGAUUUCUGGCUAACAUAAUCAGCCCAAUGGAAGAGCAGUUUGUUGCCUUUUGUUAAUCCUUGACAUUAAAAUCAUUUGUAGGAUUUUUCUUUCUCCUUUUCCAGAUAGAGUGUGUGAUGUGUUCAAUGUAUUUUGCAGUUAAUUGAGGCACUUGUAAAAUACUUGUUGUACCAGUUUGUAACUCAAAAUUACAUAUAGUUUUGAAAAACAAAACAAAUAUCUGUGCUUUUGUAUGUAAUUAUAAUCUUUAUUAAACGUUGUAUUAAUAUUGGGUGAGUUGUGAAAAGAAAUUGAUUAUUUGAUAUAUUUGUUUCUGAACCAUUAUGGCCUUAUUUGUUGGAACUUUUGUCUUGAGAAACAUCUGUGAUAUAUAGUUGUAUGCUGUUCUGUAUCGGAAAAGUAAAUAUUGUAUUUUGUAUAAACAAAAAAAUAUGCUUAGUUUUGUUGUAAACUGGGUGCUUUGAUCAGCUUUUGCUGAGCUGUGGACCUAAAGAGAAGGAAGCAGGAUUUGGGACUGCACUGUUUAAUGUUGUAAUUCAGCUUGGGGUGAUAUGUAAGCAUUUGUAAGAGUGUUUAGUCCUGGUGCAAAAGCUGUUUUCUACUUUUUGUAGUGUUUCUUUUAAAUAAAAGAGCAGAUAUAAAACACC